GUUAUUUAAAUAAAAUCAACUCGAUUGAUUCGCUCAUAAGUCGGUAGUCCAGUUUGGUUGGCUAGUCACAAUGUUGAGACAUCCUAUAAUUAAGCUCAUCAGAACGAGACAACUCACGAAUUAAACUCGACAAACAAACCACCAAAAUUGAGCUAACUCGCGCGAGCCUCGCGGAAGCUCAACAAAGCUCAGAUCUAAGUAGGGCGCCCUGUUAUAUAGCAAACAACUCGAGAGCAUUUCCCGAGAGCCGAACAUCGAGCUGCUCGUGAAUAGCUCACACAAAGUGUAGCUAGCUAGUGGGCGAUGGAGAGGCAUGGGAGAGGGAGCCGUACGUAGGAGAAGAAGAGCCCACAUUUGAGAUAUGGAUAAUAAUGUGGUAUGUCGAGAAGCUAAAACUAGCAAAUAAUUAGCAAUGAGAAAACGAUAGAAUUGCACUUCAGGGCAGCAGCAUCCAAUGCUAGCCCUAACUAUAGAGCUUAGCUAGUUUUUGCAUUUUUGCCCACAUCUUGUUUGGAAGAACAAUGAUUAAUUGCAUGCAUUGCAUCAAGAUCGAUUUUGGUCACAUGCAUGCAGCCUAUAAUUUCCAAUCAUCAUAUUCAUACCACACGCUCGCACACAAUGGGCUUCCUCACCUUUCCAAUUUCUCUCUUUCUCCAAUCGGGGCGCCGUGGCGUAACGUGGGUGUUAAGGUCCUGCGCGAGCUGGUGUGCCGAUUUCGUUUAGGCACAUCUUAGAUGGUGUAAGCGAAAGUAAUAACGACAAAUGAUCAGCAUAACUAAUUCAACUCUUAACAACGAGCAAAAUAUCUCACAGUUUCCUCGUAUAAGAAGCUCAUGGAAAGCGCGUGCAGAAACACUUAACGCGACAAGUACUCCAUUCAUCAUCAAAAUAGAUCCAUCCAGCCACCAACCCGCAUCUCCAUAAUCCAUAAAAAGCUAUCUCAUCGCGACCAACUUCCUCUUCUUUCUCCUCUUCCUCUCUAGACUCGAGUUCUCCAUCGUGAGUUUUCUCAAUCUUGAGCACUCUUAUGAAGUUUAUGUUAUAAUAUGUUGUUUGUUCUUUGUGUGCAAGUUUUGAAUUUUUUUUUAAAAGGCAUUCAUUUAUAAUUUGACAAUCUCCAUCUUUAGCAUCGCCUUAUUUUGUCUAAGCGUUGGCUUCUACGCCUAUGCGCGUCGCCUUACACCAUUGAAGCGCUCCGAUUGAACACAUUUUUCACCGACUAACAACGCCUUCACGAACUCGAGAGUUAAUUUAUUAAUCAUAUUCAUCGACAUAUGACUUCUCCCCCACCAUUGUCAGAUGCCUAUGAUCUGUUUUCUUCUCUAUUAUGUUAUUAUUUCGAUUGUCAUGUAGGGAUUUGUGUUCUCCAUUGAUGGACCAUAAAAUGUUAUGGGGGAUUUGGUUUAAAUGCAGAUUCAUGGCUCAGCAUGGCAAGUUUUUCGAUCCUUCCCGAGGUGGGAAGUUACUAAUAUAUUGCUAGCUCCCAAUGAAUGAGUGCAUGGGCAUGCACAACUUCCUAUACGACAUAGACCUAUUCUAGCUAGGCUACACAUAACAACAAAGGAAAAGUGUACUGUACCUACCUCCUAAGGGUGAUAUCGUAUUUAAUUUUAUCGUUAGUUGUUUAUCGAAAUGAUUCGAACCUAAAAUCGUAAGAUCGCGAGUGAUAGAAUUGCUUGACCAAGUCCUUAUUCGUUAGAGAAUUAAUCAAAACCGAAUUUGAGACGAGGUAUAACGAAGCGCAACGGGAAGACCCAAUGUUCCUUUUUUACUAGCCUUAAUUGUAUUUCUCAAAAAUUAAAACACAGUCGUCCGCUUCCACAUUUCGUCAAUGUGACAAGUUCCCUGUGGGUUGGGAAAAACAAAGGGUGAAGCAUAGAUAUUACAUAUCAAACUGACCAAUUGGGGUGCACUUCAUCCGGGCUCGCCACCGUAUUUGCAUACCGAUAUAUCAUGAUACUGCGUCGUAUUGUGCUCUCAGUAGAAGGACAUUUUUAUGCAUAACUAGGGCACAGUAUACCAAGGUUGCGGGUCGACCAGCGGGUUGACCCACUUUGACCCUGACCCGGUGAGAAAAACGGGUCGCACGCACCCGCCGCGGGUCGACCGCUAUAAGGUACCGGGUUGGAGGUCAAAUUGUGCCAUUUUUUUCUUUGUUUUGCGAAAUACGCCUAUUUUCCGAUUUUUCUUUUCGCCUAACUCAAUCUUUGGAAUCCUAAGUUGAACAUUUGAAUAUUAAUGUUAUAUAAGUGUGUGAAUUUUCACUAUAUGUUGAAUCUAAGUACGAAAUGUUAUUUUGGUGUAAUAUUACAUGUUAUAACUCAUAUGUUAGAUGAGAUUUGAUAUAAUUUAUGAGGAUAAGUACAAUAUAAUGACGCUUUCCAUAUUUCCGGGCUAAAACGGGUGACCCAUUAACCCUUGACUUAGGGAUGGCAAAAAUAUCCGUAACCGUGGAUAUCCGUCCGAACCCGGCCUAAUCGGGUAGGGUAAAACCCGAACCCGAAGGACAUUUAGUGGGUACGGGUAAACCCGAACCCGAAUAUUGCGGGUAAUGGGUGGGCAUGGGUUUCUCAGUAUCCAACCCGAACCCGCCCGAUUAUACACAUACAUAUGUAUUUUGUAUAGAAAUAGUCAUUAUUUUUCUCUAAAAUAUUUUAUAUUUAGCAUAUAAAUAUAAUAUUUUCAUGAAAUUGUGUUAUUUUAACUAAUUUUCUUCGUUCUAGUGAAUUAUUUUCAUACUUUUCAUACUUUUCUUUGUUCGAACAAUAUGCAUAACCAUUAUAGUACUGUGUAUCCGUGUCUACGGUAUAUCUUGAGUUUCGAGUGCAUACGAUGCAACGUUAUUGCUUGUAAAACAGUAAGUAAAGAGUUUGAGCACAUUUUUCAACAAUAAGUUGGAAAAUUUACUAGCGAAUGUCUGGUUUACAAACCAUCCAUCGACACGAACAAAUUGUUUUCCCUAUAUAUAUAUAUAUAUUAUCAUAUGUGAAUAAGAUCAGGGUGUAGCUAUCUUUUGCUAGAAGUAUCCAUAAUCUCUUUUUUUUCCCGGCAAUUCAUAUUCUCUGAUUUCCUUCAAAGAUAGGUAAAGAAUAAAUAACAAAAGUGGGGGAGAGCUACUUUAAUUGCAGCUUUUGGGCUAACAUUACAUAAGAUCAUAAAAAAAUCCGUUGAUGCCAAUAACUCGAAUUCUUGGAAGAGGUUAAAUAAACAAGACUUCGGAUUAAUAACGAGUUAGAUCUCUCAAUAACUAGGACAGUUGUUGCAUGUUGCCUUUAAGUCGGUUGUAACAGAGUUAUCACCAAAAGCUCUUACUUCCAUUAUCGGAAAAAUACUAGGGGUGGCUAUACGGUCCGGUCCGGUUAAAUUGGACCGAAUUGAUCCGGUCCUUUUCGGGAAUAUAAGGACCAAAGAUUGGAUUGGAUACAGUCCGGUCUUGACCCGGUCCGGUCCCAAUUUGAUCUUGAUUUUAGGUGUUUGCUAUCUGGUCUCAGUCCGGUCCCGGUCCGAGUUAUACGGUCCGGUUUCGGGUAAAACCAAACAAUCCGAGACCAAAUAGCCAACUCUAGAAAAUACUACUGCCAUUGAGAAGGUUUAACUCUACUGCAGACCAUUCUGCCAAUAUAUCACAACUUAUUUGCAAGCAACACCAAGAGUCCAUGUUAUAGGUUAUCCAUUAUUAAUUGGAGAUGCUUGGAUAGCUUAUGACUAUAGCUAGAACAUCAUUGAAUCUCGUUUCAUUAAUAAUAUAUACAUAACAGCAGAAUUUCUUAUUCUUUGGCACGCAAACAUUGUUUCGAGAUCACAAAUACUGUUUCGACGUGAAGUCAUUUUUAGAUAAACUCGUAAUGUGACG